GAAGAAACCCUAGAAUUGGUGUUGGGGGAGGAGAUGGGGAGGGGCAAAAUAGUAAUUAGGCGGAUCGAUAACUCGACAAGCAGGCAGGUGACCUUCUCGAAGAGGAGAAGUGGGUUGCUCAAGAAGGCUAAGGAGUUAUCAAUCCUGUGUGAUGCUGAAGUGGGAUUGAUUGUGUUUUCCAGCACUGAGAAGCUCUAUGAUUUUGCAAGCACCAGUAUGAAGUCGGUGAUAGAAAGAUACGCAAAGCUGAAAGAGGAAAAUUAUCAUCUCAUCAAUCCUACUUCUGAGAUCAAGUUUUGGCAGAGGGAAGCAUCAAGCUUAAGGCAACAGCUGCAGUACUUGCAACAAUGCCGCAGGCAGCUUUUAGGAGAAGAGCUUUCAGGAUUGAGCAUUGAGGACCUCCAAAAUCUUGAAAAUCAACUCGAGAAGAGUCUAAAAGGAGUGCGAACGAGGAAGGAACAAACGAUGAGGGAGGAGAUCAAAGAGCUACACAUGAAGGCAAACCUCACUCAACAAGAGAAUUUAGAACUACACAAGAAGAUACACAUUGUAAGUCAAGAGAAUGCAGAGCUGCAGAAAAAGAACAAACCAGAUGUCAUGAACUUGGGGCUUCAACUGCAUUAGGGUUGGUGGCAGCCCUCUAAAUGUGUUUACCAAGAACCAGGUUUGAACAAACUGGUGGAAGAACUAUAAGGUAGCAUGAUGGAUUCACAACCCUAGCUAAAGUCAUUGGUUGAUGUUUGUAAAUUGAUACCUUCAAGAACUUAGUUGGUGAUUUUCACAUUGGUUGUAUAAAGCAAUUUGUGUGGGGUUUAUAAAUUAAAUGAGCUA